CUCUCUCUUUCUCUCUCUACUGGAAUUUCAUGACUUAAUAUCUGCGAAUUUCUGCUAGAGAAGAAGAAAGAUCACUGCUGCAGUAAAUCGUCACGGGAUGCAUUUUUUGAGUUGAAGGAGUUACGUUAAUCACACAUAAUGUUUGAUUGCGGUCCAAAGACUCCAUAUAUCGCUGGGCAACGGGACAAAUUUGUAAGGUUGGAUGACCUGGAUUCAAGACUGUCAUCCCCAUCAGCUUCAGUGGCAACAAAUAAAUGUGGCUUCACUAUUGACGGUUUAGGACGUGGUACUCACACAACUCAUACUCCAACAAAAUCCUUUAAGACAGGUAUGAGGAAAGGUUCUCAAGGAUUAAAAUCCAUCGGCCGGUCCCUAGGAUUUGGUGUCUCCCCAGCCGUGUUUCCGGAAGACCUAAAAGUGUCCGAGAAGAAGAUAUUUGACCCUCAAGACAAACUUCUUACACUAUGGAACAAGCUUUUUGUGAUGUCGUGUAUUCUGGCAGUAUCUGUGGACCCGCUGUUUUUCUUUCUUCCGGUUUUUAACAAGUCCUCGAAUUGCCUAGACAUAGAUAGAAAGUUGGCUAUCACUGCUACAACUCUGCGUACAAUUGUCGAUGCUUUCUAUCUUAUCCACAUGGCUCUCCAAUUCCGAACCGCUUAUAUCGCCCCGUCAUCUCGUGUAUUUGGAAGAGGCGAGCUUGUGAUAGAUCCUGCACAGAUUGCUAAACGUUACUUGAAGUACUAUUUUAUCAUUGAUUUCCUUGCGGUUCUUCCCCUUCCACAGAUUAUUGUCUGGAGAUUUCUGCAGAGGUCAAAAGGGUCAGAUGUACUGACUACAAAACAAGCAUUGUUUUUUAUCAUUUUACUUCAGUACAUCCCGAGAUUUGCUCGAAUUAUGCCUCUAACUUCGGAACUGAAAAGAACUUCUGGUGUCUUUGCCGAAACUGCAUGGGCUGGUGCAGUGUCCUAUUUGCUACUGUACAUGCUUGCCAGUCAUAUAGUAGGGGCAUUUUGGUACUUGUUAUCUGUGGAGCGUAAUGAUACAUGCUGGCAGAGAGCUUGUAAACGGAGUGGAAAAUGCGUCACAGGUUUUUUAUACUGUGGGAAUCAAAAUAUGAAUGAUUAUGAUAUCUGGAGCAAUAUUAGUGACUCGGUUUUAAGCACGGCUUGCCCUGUGGAUGAUCAGAACAACCCGCCGUUUGAUUUUGGAAUAUUCCGGCAGGCUUUGGCGGCGGAGAUUGUUUCGUCCAGAAAGUUCUUGUCCAAAUAUUGUUACUGUCUGUGGUGGGGCCUGCAGAAUUUGAGUACACUUGGGCAAGGACUCCAAACCAGUACUUACCCUGGAGAGUCGAUAUUCAGCAUUGCACUUGCCAUCUUCGGACUCAUUCUCUUUGCGCUCUUGAUUGGAAAUAUGCAGACAUACCUUCAAUCACUCACUAUUCGACUUGAAGAGAUGAGAGUCAAAAGGCGUGACUCGGAGCAAUGGAUGCACCAUCGGUUGCUCCCUCCGGAUUUGAGAGACCGUGUCAGGCGGUAUGAUCAGUACAAGUGGUUAGAAACACGUGGAGUCGAUGAACAAAGCUUGGUUGAGAGCCUGCCCAAGGAUCUCAGAAGAGACAUCAAACGUCAUCUCUGUCUGGCUUUGGUCAAGAGGGUCCCUCUAUUCGAGAACAUGGACGAGAGAUUAUUGGACGCAAUUUGCGAGAGGCUAAAGCCUUGCCUCUACACCGAAAACACUUACAUUGUGCGAGAGGGAGAUCCAGUAGACGAAAUGAUAUUUCUCAUACGUGGUCGUCUAGAAAGUGUGACAACCGACGGUGGAAGAAGCGGAUUUUUCAACCGCAGUUUACUCAAAGAAGGAGAUUUCUGUGGUGAGGAGCUUCUUACGUGGGCCCUCGAUCCGAAAUCCGGAUCUAAUUUGCCUUCUUCAACAAGAACAGUGAAGGCACUGACUGAGGUGGAAGCUUUUGCACUAACAGCCGAUGAACUGAAAUUUGUGGCAAGUCAAUUCAGGCGGCUGCACAGCAGGCAGGUGCAGCACACCUUCCGUUUCUACUCGCAGCAGUGGCGGACUUGGGCGGCCUGCUUUAUUCAGGCGGCAUGGCGGCGGUACUCGAAGAGGAAAGUGAUCGAGAUGAAGAGGAAAGAGGAGGAGGAGGCGGAAGGGUUGUUGGCGGGGCCCGCUGACGCCACCGGUUCGUAUAGUAUUGGUGCCACUUUUCUGGUGUCUAGGUUUGCGGCGAAUGCUCUGAGGGGAGUGCAUAGGAAUCGGAAUCUCAAGAUUACGCGCGAGCUGGUCAAACUGCAGAAGCCUCCGGAGCCUGAUUUUACUGCCGACGCUGAUUAAAUUUUAUCGUUUUCUAACUCGGGUGUCUUUUUUUAUUUUUUUUGGAUGUUUCCUAAAUUGAUUGUUUAGGAGAUUACUAGUGAGGGUUGGAAGAUUUGUAAAAUACUGGAGUGAUGUUGUGUUUGUGAGAGUAUGACAGGAUAAUUGUAUCUGUAACUAAUAUUUACUGGUUUUUUUUUUUUUUUUGGAGCAACUAUGUAAAGAUAAAACUCUCUCUCUGUACUGCUGUAUUUGUAUAUUAGUUUGAAUCAUGAAUGAUCUAUGAACAGAA